AAAGAAAAAUUAUAAUUUUACAUUGCAGGUCAUUAAUAUUGUUAUAUAUAUAUAUGUAUCGUUAAUAUAGUAAUACAUAUGUUGAUAUUUUUAAUUUAUUUCUUUCAUCAUUAAAUAAUAAUACAGUGUAAAAACAUGGAAGAGGUUACAUGGCAAAUUACUCAAAAUUCUGUAAAUGAUAGAAUGAUAGAAUCAUCAUUAAUUCAUAGAUUUAGUGGCUCAAAAAAAUUUCGAAAAAGAACGAAAUUAUUUAAUAAUUGGUUAGAAAAGCAUAGAACCUUAAAAAGUUAUAAGGAAUAUGUUGAUAUGAAACAAUUAAUAAAUCAAAAUAAAUCAAAAGAUUUAUUGACUGAAGAUGAUGAUAGCUAUGGAGAAGAGGAUUAUUCCAUCAAGCACAGAAAUAUAUAUAAAAGUAAGAUAAAGAAACCUAAGAAUGAAAUAUAUAACAAUAAAAAUAUUAUUACUUCUACCCCAAAGAAAAUCAGGACACAAGAAAAUGAAAUUUCAUUCACUGAUUCAUACUCCCAUCAAAUGAAUAAAAAGAAAACAAAAAGAAGAUCAAAUAUUCUUCAAGAUAAGUAUCACGAUAAUUUACAAAAUACUGAUGUUCCAGUUAAGAAAAAACAAGUAAUAGAUUUACAAUGUUUAAAAGAAACUGAAAAAACACAACUUAUAGAUAAUAAAGAAAAGAGUUCUAAUUUUUUACAGACUUAUGAUGAUAGUACUGUAAUUAAGAAAAGAAAAAAAUCAACAGAAGAAUUUUUUAAUCGUAAACGCAAUAAUUCAUCAAUGGAUAAUAAAGAAACUUCUAAAAGAAUAUCAGAUUUGAAAUGUCUUGAGAAUAAUGAUAUUCUUAUUCAUGAUGAAAAUCAGAAGAGUAUAGAUCAUCCUAAAAUUUCAAAAAUUGUUAAUCAUAUUCAAGAGGAUGUAUCACAAAAUCCAAAUGAUAUCAGGCAAAUUACAGAAGACAUAAAUAUAACUCCUAAAAAACAAAAAAUAGGAACGUAUAAUUCUGACAUAUCAUGUGAUAGUAUAGAUUUAUUCGAUAUUAAAAGUAACAAAGUUAAAAAUGACAUAUGCCUCCUAAAUUCGUUUGCUGAACGAACACAAAAGUCACUUCCUAGAAUUACAUCCACUGAAAUUAUCAAUAUCAAAUAUAAAAAAAUUAAUAACGAAGGAUCUUAUACUAAUUUGUCGAAUGAAUCUUAUAAUAGUGCCAAAUUAUUAGAAAAUAAUUCUUUUCUAGAACCUUUUGAAUAUGAGAAAGAAGCAGAAGAAGAAGAAGAAUCACAGGACAGUUUAAUCUAUGUAGACAGUAUGAAUAGUAGUAUUUUAUCACCAUCUGAAAAACGUUUAAGACAAAUUAAAAAUUUAAAUUUGACUAUGGAAAGUACUUCAAGCGAGGACGAAAAUUUAAAUGAAGAAAUUUUGUUUAAUAAUUCAAAUUGUACAAUUUUCAAAAAGAUUAUGACAUGUAAUAAAAAGUCAAAUUUGACCAUAGAUAAUACUUCAAGUGAGGAUGAAAUGUUACAACAACAAAAUUCAAAUGAAAAAAUUUGUGUUGAUAGUCCAAAGUGUAUUUCCAAAAAAACAACAUGGAGUAAAUUAAAAUUAAAGAAAUCAUCUAAAAUAGAUCAUAAAAGUGAUCAAAGUAUUUUUAAUAUACAGAAUAAAAAUAAUAGUAUAAGUCACAAUAAUAGUAUCAAUCAUUACAGUGAUGAUAACAAUGAAUAUACCACAGAACCCAGAGAAACUGAUAUAUCUAAAAAUUAUGAACAAGAAAGAACAUUUCAUGAAAGACCAUGCAAUUUACAAGAUUUUAUCAGAGAAGAAGAAUUACUUCAGGACUCAACUAUAUCAGCUUUUACACUUAAGGAUCUUUCCAAAGAUGACGAAAUUUUUUUUUUAGAUAUACCUAAAACAGUACAAUUGGAAAAUUUAGAAGGUCAAAGAAUUAUUUUAAAACAGAAAAAAUUAAAUCUUGGAAAAAAUAAAUAUGAGAUUCUUUACAACGAAGUACCAUCCCAAUCCUGUGUUUUUAGUACUUGUAAAAAUAAUAAACCAUACAAAAUAGUUAACGUUAAACCCACUGGCUCGAUCAUAGUAAGACAAAAGAUAUAUCCAUCGUUUUCUGACAAAUAAUUCCGAAUAAUAAUAUAAAACCUUAUAGUAUUACGUAACAAACCGUAUAGUAUUACGUAAUAACCAAUUUACGA